AUUUUCCCCUUUCCCAAGCAAAGUAAAAAAGGAGAAGCAGUACUCGUUCCAUUCCAACUCAGUGCUCACUCAAUCCGACUCACCAAUGGACGCGCAAGACGGAAAUCAGCAAUCACAGCAACUCAUCCUUGGUCACAACGUCUUCCUCCUCAAGCAUCCAGAUGUCCCUGACAUCGAGAAGGUCCGUCUCAAGGAUGAAGUCCUCAUCUCGGUCAAAUCCAAUGAAAUGGCUCCGUAUUAUGAAACCCUAGCUGCCGAUAAAGUGGUGGAGCUGGAUCAGGACGUUUUGGACUCGAUGCGUGCCAAGAAUGAGGAGGAGAUUAAGAAGCUCGACGAGAAGAUUGCUGAUGCUGAAGAAAACUUGGGUGAAAGUGAAGUUCGAGAAGCACAUUUAGCUAAAUCCUUAUAUUACAUUCGGAUAGGUGAUAAGGAGAAAGCAUUGGAGCAACUUAAGUUGACGGAAACCAAGACAGUUGCUGUUGGGCAAAAGAUGGACUUGGUGUUCUAUACUUUGCAGAUUGGUUUUUUCUACAUGGAUUUCGAUCUUAUUUCCAAAAGCAUUGAUAAAGCAAAAAAUUUAUUUGAAGAAGGCGGUGACUGGGAGAGGAAGAACCGUUUGAAGGUCUACGAAGGCUUAUAUUGCAUGGCCACUCGGAAUUUUAAAAAGGCAACCGAUCUAUUUUUGGGUUCCAUUUCAACCUUCACAACUUACGAACUUUUCCCUUAUGAGACAUUCAUAUUUUACACCGUGCUUACGAGCAUCAUAUCGUUGGAUAGAGUUUCCCUUAAACAAAAGGUCGUUGAUGCUCCUGAGAUCUUGACUGUCAUCAGAAAAAUACCAAAUCUUUCGGAAUUUUUAAACUCUCUUUAUGAUUGUCAGUACAAAUCAUUCUUCUUAGCAUUCGCUGGUCUGACCGAACAGAUAAAGUUGGAUCGUUAUUUGCAUCCACAUUUCCGGUUUUACAUGAGGGAGGUUAGAACUGUUGUUUACUCUCAAUUUCUGGAAUCCUACAAGAGUGUUACCAUUGAAGCCAUGGCAAAGGCUUUUGGGGUGACCGUGGAGUUCAUUGAUCUGGAGCUAUCACGUUUUAUUGCCGCAGGGAAGCUUCAUUGCAAGAUCGACAAGGUUGCCGGUGUUCUUGAAACUAACCGCCCUGAUGCAAAGAAUGCGCUCUACCAGGCAACCAUUAAACAAGGAGACUUCUUAUUAAACCGGAUCCAGAAGUUGUCUCGCGUUAUUGAUCUAUAAAUCAGUUAAGCAUUUCUUCUGAUUUAGAAACGGAUAAACCAACACUUUCGAAGUUCAAUGAAAUAUGGAAACGCAAAGUUAUCCUUUUAGAUGUUUCUUUCAUGCAUGAUUUUUUAUAUACAUUUCUUUCCCUUUUUUCUUUUUUCAUUUUCUGGUUUCUAGGCCAAUGAAUGUGAUGCUACUGAGUUUCCUAAAAAGUUAUCUAUUGGUUUCUUAUUGUUCUGGGUA